AUGUUGGCCACACUCUCCCACUCAAGCAGCACGAUUCCCUCUACACAAUUCGUGCACAAGCCGGUAAUCGCAGCCCCUGCCCGCCGCAAGAUGCAGGAAUUCCACAAGGUGGAGGGGAUCAUCGAGGCCGACAACGUCGAAGGCCGCACAUCGGUUGUGAAGAAUUACCACAGGUACCCGCUCAAGUUCCUCACCGUCGACACCGCCCGGCGGCAGACCCUCGCAGAGAGCCGCACCGCGGAGGAAGAAGAUGGAGCCCAGCAGCAGCGAAGAAGAGGACCCCUAGCGCCCAUCUGGGUCUAUGCCGUCACCUAUGGCGGCGGCCUCGUGGCAGGCGACGACAUCGGGCUCAAGUUCACGGUGCGACGCGAUGCCGCGCUGGUGCUCACCACGCAGGCCUCCACCAAGGUCUACAAGAGCCGAAGCCCUGGCCGAUCGGCCCAAGGCGAGGACGGCGCCGCCGGCCAUCUCGUGUGCCACCAGACGCUGGCCGCCAACGUCGAGUCCGGCGCGCUGCUGGCCAUCGUGCCGCACGCUGUCACCUGCUUCGCCGACGCGCGCUACAAGCAGCGCCAGGUGGUGCGAAUGGAGGAGGGCGCCAACCUGAUCCUCGUCGAUUGGCUCACCUCCGGUCGAGUGGCCCGAGGCGAGGAGUGGGCCUUCGAAAGCUACGAAACGACUAACGACGUGCUGCUCGACGACCAGCUGCUCGUCCGUGAAGCCGUGCGAUUGAGCGUUAAUGAUGGUACGCCCACGAUCGCGGAGAAGAUGAGGGGCUACAACGCCAUGGCCACGAUUCUCGUCGUGGGUCCCGACGUGCUCGCUCACGCCCGGGCUAUUUUGGAAGGCAUCAACAAGCUUAAGGUGAACAAAAGCAAAGAGGCACGUAACCACCCGCCCCCUCGGCUCCUUCCACUCGACGCUGCUUCUUCGUCAUCAUCAGGCCACGCCUCGUCCGGCGACAUGGUGGGCGUGAUGGUCAAGAUCGCCGCCAAGAAGACGUCACAGGUGACCGACGCCAUCCACGAGCACUUCAACGGACUCUGGCAGGACGCCCUGGGCAACGACCCCUACCGACUGUAA